GGGAGGGUGAGACAGAGGGAGGGAAUUAGGAAGAAGGAGGUGUGCCAGACUUGGCUUUUAAAUAGAACCAUUCUACCUUUUCCACCCACACACCUGAGGGAAACUCACCUUGUUCGAUAGCUUCACACAAGAGACCCUUGACUCCUGUUUGCUUCAGAUCAUACCUUCGACUCUACGACUAAAAAAUGCCUCUUCAGUUCGAGCUGUGUCCUGGGAGAAUGGUCGGGGGCGACCACCCCUGCUUCAUCAUUGCUGAAAUUGGGCAAAACCACCAAGGGGACAUUGAAAUAGCGAAGAAAAUGAUCAAGAUGGCAAAGGACUGUGGUGCUGAUUGUGCUAAGUUCCAGAAAAGCGAAUUAGAGCACAAGUUUAGUAAGCGAGCCCUGGAACGUCCCUACAAUUCAAAGCACUCCUGGGGAAAAACCUAUGGUGACCACAAACGCCACUUGGAGUUCAGUCACGUGCAGUACAGGGAGCUAAAGAAGUUUGCAGAUGGCAUUGGUAUCUUCUUUACCGCCUCUGGCAUGGAUGAGAUGGCCGUGGAGUUCCUCGAUGAAUUGGAUGUGCCGUUCUUUAAAGUUGCUUCCUGUGACGCCAACAACUUUCCAUAUUUGGAGAAAACUGCCAAAAAAGGGCGCCCCAUGGUGGUGUCCACUGGAAUGCAGUCCAUGGAGACCAUACGUCAGGUGUACAAGACAGUGAAGCAGUACAACGAGAACUUCACUCUGCUGCAGUGCACCAGUGCGUAUCCUCUAGACCCCAAAGAUGUCAACCUCAAAGUGAUCAAGGAAUAUCAGAAGGAAUUCCCUGAUGUUCCCAUUGGAUACUCUGGACAUGAGCAAGGGAUCUGCAUCACGGUGGCCGCAGUCGCAAUGGGAGCAAAGGUUGUGGAGCGCCAUGUGACCCUGGAUAAAACCUUGAGGGGAAAUGACCACGAGGCUUCUCUGGAGCCAGCUGAGCUUGCAGAGUUGGUUCGAUCCAUCCGACUAGUGGAAAUGGCCAUGGGGUCAACCGUGAAGCAGAUGCUGCCAUGUGAGAAAAACUGCCACGAUAAGUUGGGCAAGUCUGUGGUGGCCAAGGUAGCCAUUAGCAAAGGCACAGUGCUGAGUUUGGAUUUGUUCGCUGUGAAAGUAGGUGAACCGAGGGGCAUCUCUCCAGAGAAUAUGCAGCAGCUGGUGGGCAAAAAGCUAAAUGUGGACGUGGAGGAGGACGAGAGCAUCCUGGCAAAUAUGAUAGAAUAAUAAUCUACCAAGAUUGUUAGGAAGAAAGGGCACACAGAGAGCGACAUAGAAAGACGGGGAAUUAAGAUGGGGGAGGACAGUGUAAGAGUAGAAGGUGGACAGGCAGUCUGAGGGUGAGAACAGAACAGAAAGACAAAAUCCACAGUGUCAAAUGAGAAUAUGUGUGUUUGAUGAAAGGACGAAAGAAGGGAGUGUGAAGAAGAGCAGUGAUAUCAAGAAAACAAUACUACAUGCUGUGCUGAAUGCUGACAAGCGAUUUGUUGGUGUGAAAUAUUAUUAGAGUCUAGUUUUAUUAAUGUGGUUCAUCAUCCUGUUACAUGUUUCCACAGCCAGGGCAGUAAAGACCAAAAACAAAUGAAAAUGACGGGACAAAAAAAGUCUCAGUGUAGUGUAAUCGUUGUUUUGCACAAUGUUUACACCACUUGGCUGAUGUUGUAAAUUACAGUUACACCCCUGCACUCACAUUUUUUUAAACCACAACCACUUAAUCUGGUAAUAUUUGCACACCCAACACUGGGAAUGCACACUGAUAAGAAUUCUUAUUCAUGGUAAUCGUUUGAAAUGCGUCCCUAAGCAGUUAUUUAGGCUGUGAAGUGUAUUUAAAUAUGUGGGAGUGGUCACAUUUCUAUCUCUCUAUAUGCUUAGCUGCCUGUACUUACAAGGGUUGCUUCAAAAUGUAAUGGGAUUUGUCCUUCAUCUGUAGUCUUUGAAAAGUAGUCAGGUUUCUGUGUAGCUUCAUUUUGAAGUAAAACUUUGAAUGAAUGAA